AAUUGUCUAUUUGGUUUUAUAUUCUCUCUCUCUCUCUCUCUGUGUCUUUGUGUGUGUGUGGGCGUGUAGGCUCAAUAAGCAUGUCAGAGUGAGUCAGUGUGGGGAGGCAGUAGCAGUUCUGUCUCAAAGAGAGCGAGCAGACAGAUAGAACAAGGCAUUAUGCAGUUAGUACUAUAUUAUCCAGAUAUACACUAGGUAUGCAAGAGGACAGAGAUACUAGAAGGAUAACCCUAAGACAUUAUUCAGCUAGUACAGUAGGACACAUUAUACUAAAGAGAGGAGUAUACUGUUGAUUCUAUAGAAGAGCUGACUAGACAGGACAAAGGAGACUGUUGAUUGUAGACAGAUAUGCAGCUUGUUUCAGUGAUGUAACUACUAGAUCACUAUCAUCCAACCCUCUCAGUCUACUGACUAAAGAGGAGAGAAGAGGAGAGCAAGACAGGAGAGGAGAAAGACUAGAAGGCAGGUUAAAGAGGACUUCCGGCGCAGCAGGUUGGAGGUGUGUGUGUACCAUGGCAGGGGCUCAGCCAGGGACACAUGCUCUGAAGCUCAAACCGCUGACAGUCCCCGACACUCUGAAGAAUGGCAGCUGCUUCAUGAAAUGGGACGAUGAUCUCUCGACAGUGACUCCCAUCACCCUGACUGUGGAUCCACACGGAUACUUUCUUCACUGGACUGAUCAGAACAAGGAGACAGAGUUUUUAGACAUCACCCAUAUAAAGGAUGCCAGAACAGGGAAGAGCACCAAAACACCAAAGGAGGCGAAGCUGCGUGAGCUGCUUGAUGUGGGGAACCUGGUCGGUCGUAUAGAGAACCGUCUGUUGACCGUAGUCACAGGAGCGGACAUGGUCAACAUCACAUACCUCAACUUCAUGGCCCUGCAAGAGGAAGAGGCCACGAAGUGGGCUGAGGAGCUGUUCUCCCUGGCCUCCAACCUGCUGAGUCACAACAUGAACAGAGAAACCAGUCUGGAGAAAGCGUAUGUCAGACUGACCUUGCAGCCAAACUCAGAGGGGCGGAUCCCAGUGAAGAACAUUGUCCGCAUGUUCUCAGCAGACAAAAAGAGAGUGGAGACGGCCUUGGAACACUGCAACUUACCCUUUGGACGGAGCAACUCUAUUCCCCUUGAGGACUUCACUCCUGACGUUUACAGAUCUUUCCUCUCCCACCUAUGUCCUCGGCCAGAACUCAGCUCAGUCUUCUCUCAGCAGGGUGCUAAGGGUGCUUACCUGUCUGUGGAUCAGAUGACAGAGUUUAUUAACGAGAGGCAGAGAGAUCCUCGUCUGAAUGAGAUUCUGUAUCCUCCUCUCAGACCCUCUCAGACACAGACCCUGAUGGAGAAAUAUGAAUUCAACCAGAGCCUGCUCAAACAAGGGCUGAUCACAUUGGAGGGGUUCAGCAGAUACCUGGUGUCUGAUGAGAAUGGAGUGAUUCCUCCUGAGAAGCUAGACCAGUCUGAAGACAUGACCUUCCCUCUGUCUCACUACUUCAUCAACUCCUCACACAACACCUACCUCACAGCGGGGCAGCUGGCAGGAAGUUCAUCAGUGGAGAUGUACCGUCAGGUGAUGUUGGCAGGUUGUCGCUGUGUGGAGUUGGACUGUUGGAAAGGACGGACCGCAGAGGAGGAACCAGUCAUCACGCACGGCUUCACCAUGACCUCAGAGAUCUGCUUUAAGGAGGUGAUUGAGGCCAUCGCUGAGUGUGCUUUUAAAACCUCUCCUUUUCCUGUCAUCCUGUCCUUUGAAAACCAUGUGGACUCGCCAAAGCAACAAGCCAAGAUGGCAGAAUACUGUAGGUCAAUUUUUGGAGAUGCACUACUGAUAGACCCACUGGAGAAAUAUCCUCUGGAGUCUGGGGUACCCUUGCCAAGUCCUCAGGAGCUGAUGGGUAAGAUCCUCAUCAAGAACAAGAAAUCCCACAAGCCCCCGGCUGCCCAUGGCAACAAGCAACUGGCAGAGCAUCCAGCCAACCAGGACGCAGCAGAGGAACAGGCAACAGAUGAACCCUCAUCUCCUAGCAACAUCACAGCCGAGGCUGAAGACGAUGACGAUGAUGAUGAUGAUGACUGUAAGAAGACUUCAGAUGAAGGGACAGCAGAGGAACCGGAGGCCGUAGCUACAGAGGAGAUGUCCACUCUGGUCAACUACAUCCAGCCCACCAAGUUCAACUCCUUCGAGGCUUCCAAAAAGGUUAAUCGUAGCUAUCAAAUGUCAUCAUUUGUGGAGACUAAAGCUCUGGAGCACCUCACCAAGUCGCCCGUGGAGUUUGUGGAAUAUAACAAGCAGCAGUUGAGUCGUAUCUACCCUAAAGGCACGAGGGUGGACUCCUCCAACUACAUGCCACAACUCUUCUGGAAUGCUGGCUGCCAGCUGGUGGCACUCAACUUCCAAACGAUAGACCUGUCUAUGCAGUUGAACCUGGGCAUGUAUGAGUACAAUGGGAAGAGCGGCUACAGACUGAAACCAGAGUUCAUGAGAAGACCAGACAAACACUUUGACCCGUUCGCUGAGAGCACCGUGGACGGCAUAGUGGCCAACACUGUCAAGGUCAAGAUAAUCUCAGGCCAGUUUCUGAGCGACAAGAAGGUAGGUGUGUACAUAGAGCUGGACAUGUUUGGUCUUCCUGUGGACACCAGGAGAAAAGCCCUGAAGACCAAGACGUCCCAGAGCAACGCUAUAAACCCAGUCUGGGACGAAGAGCCAAUUAUCUUCAAGAAGGUGGUUCUCCCCACGUUGGCCUCUCUGAGAAUCACUGCGUUUGAGGAAGGAGGAAAGUUCAUAGGUCACCGUAUUAUCCCUGUGCCAGCCAUACGGCCCGGUUAUCGCUACAUCGGCCUGAGGAAUGAGAAGAACCAGUCUCUGAUUCUGCCUGCUGUGUUUGUCUACAUUGAAGUGAAGGACUAUGUCCCAGACACCUUUGCUGAUGUAAUCGAGGCGCUGUCUAACCCCAUCCGGUAUGUAAAUCUCUUGGAGCAGCGGUCCAACAGCUGGCUGCUCUCAUCUGGAGGAAGAGGGGAGGAGGAGACCAGCAAAGAGAUUGAGGCUAAUGCUGAUCAACCCGGGCUUGCUGAGCCAAAAGCCAACCUACGAUCUGCUCCUUUGGAGAACGGUCUCAGCCCCAGCCCUACCGUCACACCCAGAACUCUGACUAAUACACCCCAGUCUGCAGCUACAGAACCAACCAAACCAGCGGCGAAGACUGAAAACAUGGUGCAGAGCGUUCUGAUAGAUAUGGAGGCGGCCACACUAGAGGAGCUCAGGCAACACAAGCUGAUAGUGCUGGAGCAGAAGAGACACUACAGGGAGAUGAAGGAUGUGGUGAAGAGACACCAGAAGAAGACUUUGGAGAUGGUGAAGGAACAGACCACCAAGUACAACCAGGCUCAGAACCAACACACACGCAGACACAACGCUCUCCUGAAGACUAAACAACAUGGUAAGACAAGAAGUUUGUCACCCGGAGGGAAGGCUGAACUGAAGCAGUUUGAUGAGGAUGGAGAGGGGCAACUGAGGGAGCUGAGAGAACAACAACAGCAACAGCUACUGGAGUUGAGACAGGAACAAUACUACAGCGAGAAAUACCUCAAACGAGAACACAUCAAACAGAUGAGUGAGAAACUGACUACAGUGACUGAGGAAAGCCAGAACAACCAGAUGAAGAAAUUAAAAGACAUCUGUGACAAAGAAAAAAAAGACCUGAAAAAGAAAAUGGACAAAAGGAGAACAGAGAAAAUCAAAGAAGCUAUGACAAAAGAGAAGCACUUGGUAGAAGAGUAAGUGUACCAAACCCUAUAACUUCAAUCAUUAAACCCUCUCCCUGGCUCUGAAGAGACAAACUUUGUAGCAUUUUACUGCUGAGGUAGGGUACUAUCCCCCGCCUCAACCUGACCCCAUUGUCCAGUGGCAGAGAUCACUUCAUACCCCUCUGUGUCAGGGUACGACCAGGUUUACAGGGAACUCAGUCAAUCAGGGAACCUGGUCAGCCAAUCACAGACCCUAUCUGGUGGGGUAACAGCCCCCCCCCCCCUUCUAUCAGUACCUCAGUCUCUCACUACAGCUCCAGGAAUUAACAACAAGUUGACUAACCUGGCUGCACAAACAUUCAAGGACUCACCUAUGGUCCUCACUUCUUGGCUGCUUAUUCUCUGGACAUUCCAUCACUAGUGUUAGCGCAUUCAUGACCAUAAAACCACUAUACACUACAACUAGUUUUCUCCUCUGUAAAGUCAUGUGUACCUGUCUUGGGUGUGAAAUAAAGUGUGAAUUGUAUCCCUGUCUCCUGCUGGUCAUUAUCAGUCCUCUUACCAGGACUCUGGGACAGAUGAAUCUAUACUAAACCGGCACAUCUUUCGGAAACCACGACCAACAGGUGGUGCUCUUUUUCAUGGAUAGGUACAAUUGUGCUGGACUACCAGUAGCGAUGGGAUGCAGUUCACACCGCAUGCCAUGCCCCUGACCAGGCGUGCAUGCCGGCGAGAAGAGGAGGAGCGGAGACUCCAGUGCAUAGGGAAGAAGCUCCAGCAAAGAGAACUCUAUGUUUGUGUGUGUGACAGAAAGAGAGGCUGGAUUUCUGUAUGUAUGACUAUUUAUUAUUCUGUUGUUAGGGGGAAGUUGGAGAUCAACAAAUCAUAUGUGAAUGAAGUGGUACAGAACAUCAAAAGGGUAAGGAUGGAAGGAUUGGGGGUCAGAUAGUCUCUCGUGGAUAGUGGUGUAAAGUACUUAAGUAAAAAUACUUUAAAGUACUACUUAA